AAAGGUUGAAAAUUCAUGAGGAGGAAGUCUCAAUUCUCUUCUUGGCCUGAAACAGCAAAGUGGACUUGUACAAUAAAGAACAGUUUAGUAGAAGGUUCAGGGUAAGGUUUAUAGCUGUUUUUAAAAGGUAUGCUGACUCACUAUUCCCAAAAUGAAUUUAAAGGCUUCGGUUUACGCUUCCGCAAAAUGCAAAGCUGUUUUAUUUAUUUUUUUUUUUAAGACCGUCGGCGCAAAUGUGAUAUGCAGCAUGCUAUAUUAUUGCACUGGUGUCAGGUUGUAAGCAAAGAUAUUUACUUCUUUAUUUGUCUCAAUACAUCUUGUAGUGGAAUUCAGUAUUUAUCUUCUUCAGUUACACGGUCUUGAGUGUGUACUUCAUACUGCUGCUUUUUUCAUCUUUGCAAUGUAAGAGAUGCAAGAUAAAACUCAUUUACUUGUUUUUAUGACUAGUUUAAUGAUUGAGUUUAGGGUAUUACAUUAUGUCUAAGGGGUUAAACCCUUUGAUAGUGGCUGCUUGAUAAAUCAAAAUUUUUCUAUUGUGUGCUAUUGUCGAUUCAUGAUUCAAUAAAAUCCCUCACAUGUUUUGCAAUCAAACUUGAAUUGUUUUCAUGAUUCAAAUACAUAAGAAUUUUGUUUCUGGCUUUUAAUCACACUAGAUAAGUUCCUGCAUGUUGGGACUGUGCCAUUACAUGCUUGUGCACCCUCAUCACCUUGAAUUUCAACGUGUUCAGCAACAGUGCACACACUUUACAUUUACCCUGAAGUUGUUAUUCUUCUGUUUGUGGCUGUUUAAUAAAGAGUUAAAUUAUUUUGAGAAACUAGAUUCUCUCUGUGUAUUCUAAGUGUUGAAUUAUUUUGACAAAAGCAGUAUAACUUAUUGCUAGUUUCUUCCCUACCCUCUUUACCUUCCGUUCAAAUUCCUUUUCAAACAGAAGCCCUCCCCUUCUCUCACUCCCUUUGUGGUUGGUCUCUGGUCACUCACAUUCUAAUCGCAUUCGUGAACUACAGAUAGCAGAUCAGCUUUCUUUUGGACAUACUCUGUUUAUUACCUAGGCAAGUCAAGCUCUUUUGUCCUGGACACAGCAAGAUUUUCUUUCCUGAGGGCACAGUGGUAUGAAAAUAUUUGAUGCUGUAUAUUGGAAGGGGAAGAACUAUCAGGUGAUGGUCAGGCAGUUUGUACAUACGUGACACACGAGAAUUUAACAAGUUUCAAUAUGCAGUGGGAAGGUGUAAAAGAUUAGUAAUGAUGAGUUAAAAGACAGUUAUUUGUUUACUUCUUGCCAAAAUGGGGACCAGUAUGAGGCUAAUUCUUGGUGUGGUGAACUUGCUGCUCUUUCUUCGGACAUGUGUAAGCACACAGCAUUGUCCAGCCGGAAUAAUUCCUCCAGAACUGGACAGUCCUGAGUCCUGGUCUGUCCAUAAACCUCCAUUUGACACAGGUUUUAUGUCAUCUAUCGUCCAUUCCUUUUUGAGCUCUGUCCAACCCAACCCUUUCCCUAAAGAUCUUUUCAUUCAAAUUCUGAACUCUAAGGGCAUCACAGAUACCACAGCACUAAAUGAGGUUUUGCGCUAUGAGGUGGGAUUUCUGGUGUGUGUGGCCAUUGGGAUUCUGUACAUCGUCCUCAUGCCCUUAAUUGGCCUGUGUUUCGCUUGCUGCCGUUGCUGUGGGAAUUGUGGGGGCUACAUGUACCAAAAGCAGACCAGUAGCAUCAACUGCAGACGACGGAGCUUUUACUGGGUUACUUUUCUAAUCACCCUCCUUAUAUUUGCAGGGAAUAUUUGUAUGUUCUUAAGCAAUAACCACACCCACGAGAGUGUGAGGUCUGCGCCAGGUGAAUUCAACACUACCUUAAAAAAUCUACAAAGCUACAUCUCCAAUAUUCCCAAGCAAAUAGACCAAGUGGUGAGUGAGAGCUUUGUAGUUGUGGAUAAUGUUACAUAUAACAUUAAAGAAAUUGGCCCUUUGCUUGGCAGAGACAUCCAAGGAGGAAUAGAAGGCGCUAUUAUGCCGGCCCUGGACUCUGCUUCGGUGAUGGCACAAGUUGUUCAAAACACCAGUGUGUUGCUGUACACAUUGAACACAACUCAGAAAGAGCUGAAUUUGCUGCAGUCAAACCUGACCGGGGUGAAAUCACGCAUCAACAAGACAUUGCACAGCCAAGGCUGCAAUCAGUGUGUCUCCUUGCAGUCUGAACUGGACAAGUUGUCCCUGGGAACAAGCAUUAAUUUAUCCAGCCUUAGUAAGCUCCAGUCAGCUGUGGACCAGGCUGAGAAGACUGAUCUGAAUAUGCAAAUACAGAAAGGGAAAGACUUCUUUGAAAGCAUUCCUGAUAAGGUGACUGAUGCAACCAGAGACAGUGUGAAGCAGGUUCAACAGGACCUUCAAACCAUAAAGAACCAGGUCUCACAGGUAACUAGUGAUAUUCCACUUCAACAAUUGACCGAAUUCUCUAACAGCCUGAGUACUGUACAAGAAGAAACCAAGAACUACACACCCACCAUAGACCUGGCAGAGAAACUCAGGUGGAUUAUUGCAAUAAUCCUGUGCUGUCUCAUUCUGCUGGUGGUUAUGUGUAAUCUGCUGGGAUUGAUGCUUGGCCCGUCAGGACUUGUGCCUAAAAACGAUCCAACUGAUCGCUCUAGCACAGCAAACUGUGGUGGACUGUUCCUCAUGGCGGGUGUUGGCUUCAGCUUUUUAUUCUCUUGGAUCUUCAUGAUAAUAGUCCUGAUCCUUUUCUUAGUAGGGGGCAACAUGUAUACCCUCAUCUGUGUGCCAUGGAAGACCCAGCAACUCUUUCAAAUCAUUGACACUCCAGGUGUGAUUCCAGGAUUCCAGUUGUCUCAAAGCCUAGGACUUAAGACUAACCUUACUAUCACUAAUGUGUAUAAUGACUGCCAAAUGAACAACUCUCUAUGGAACACCCUCCACCUGGAGGACAUUAUUAACCUCAAUGACUAUCUUAAUGUCUCCAAAUACACAGGACAUGUGCAGGAGGUGCUUCAGAGCAGCAAUAUCACUUUACCCAGCAUCGUUCUGCUCAAUUCUGAGACGAAGAAGCAACUGAGCAGCUUCUCUGCUACAGCCAGCAGUGUGAACGUCAGUAGCAUUAUGCAGAAGGUUACUAUUCCAACAAAUCUUAGUUACCUUGCAGACCAAUUGGAUGCUUUGGUUAAAAAACAGACCAAUGACACUGUUAAAGCUGAACUACAAAAUGAGGCAAAAGACCUGAGAUUCAUCCAGACUCAGAUUAAUUCCACCAUCAAGCCUCAGUUGAUGGAUUUAGCCUCUCAAAUCGAGCUUUUCAGUGACAUAAUGUCACACAUCAAUGGCACUGUGGAGAAUGUUCUGGAGAAAGUCAAUUCUGCUCAGGAUGUUUUGAACAACACAGCACAAACAGUGAAAUCGAAAUUGACUGAAUUUGUAGACUGUCAGAUUGGAGUUUUCACAACGCUUGCUGAAUGGGCCAACCAAACAAUUACUGAAAAGGUGGGACGCUGUGGACCAGUUGCUGUUACUGUCAACACUGUAGAAAAUCUAGUUUGCUCACAGCUUGUGGACUCUCUGAAUGCCUUUUGGUUCAGUUUGGGCUGGUGCAUGGUCUUCCUCAUUCCCAGCAUUAUUUUCUCUGUUAAACUGGCCAAGUUCUACCGUCGGAUGAAAUACAAGGAUGAGUAUCUGGAUAACAUAAUGAUGAAUCCUAUCCCACGAGUCAAUCAAAAACCGUACUGAAAGGAGGAAGAACAUUAACAGUACUGUAUAGUCAAUGUUGCCAUACUAAAGGACCUUGGUAUAGUGUGAGAAGACAUACACUGGAUGCUGGGGCUAAAAACUCAGAGUCUGGAAAUCUUUUGCUUUUGGAUAAAAGGGGAAAAAUUUAUGCUAUUUCAAAUGUGCACAUUCAAGACAUGCUUUAGAGAUUUUACAGUAAGUGAGAUCUUUUGAGUCAUGACUAUGAAUGCAUGUGACCUAUCACAAAGAGGCUUCGGAGUUAUUUUUGAUCGCUGCUUUGUAUUUGCACUUUCUCUCUGAGUGAUUUUUUAUGUGUCUGGAAUGCUUAUUUUAUUUUUUUAUUAUUUAAAAAAAAUGUAACCAGUAAUAAAGCACUGCUUUAUGCAGUGCUGUAAUUUCACAUGGUGAUUUAAAAUGUGCUGUCUUUAAUAAACCAUACUACUGACA